CUCCGUGUAAUGGCGGCCGUGCCGUAGAUGCGCCCGGGCUCGUGAAAAUGAAGCGAAGAAGAAGUUUCUCCUUUUAAGUGACACGCCGAGGAGGAUCAUCUUUUAUACGCCGUUAUAAAAAAAAACAACCUACAGCUGUACUUCGGGAACUUUCGCGUCUCCGUACAAAAAAAAUUAAAAAUGAUGAAGCCCAAGUCGAACCAGACCCGGACGUACGACGGGGAUGGCUACAAGAAGCGAGCCGCCUGCCUGUGCUUCCGGAGCGAAUCCGAGGAGGAGGUGCUGCUGGUGACCAGUAGUCGGCAUCCAGACAAGUGGAUAGUUCCCGGAGGGGGAAUGGAGCCUGAGGAGGAGCCCAGUGUCGCUGCAGCUCGAGAAGUGUGUGAAGAGGCCGGUGUGAAGGGGACUUUAGGUCGUUUAGUUGGAAUAUUUGAGAACCAGGAGAGGAAACACAGAACCUACGUGUAUGUUCUUAUUGUAACGGAGUUGCUGGAGCACUGGGAGGACUCGGACAGCAUUGGGAGACAAAGGGAAUGGUUUAGAAUAGACGAUGCCAUACAAGUGUUGCAGUGUCACAAGCCUGUGCAGGCCACCUACUUUGAGGCUCUCCAGGAGAGCUGCUUGACCAGUAAUGGAACACCAUUGGUGACCACGAUAGGUGAGGACCUGUCCCCCACCUACAGCAUCAAUCAGAGCUCCGUUUCGGGUAUCAGAUAACUAAAACCGUCAUUCUGGCACCAUAAUUCUGGAGCUUUCACCACCACUUGCGCUCUUACUUGUGUCACUUCUCUCUUUCUCCUCUUCUCCUUCCUCCAUUCUCUUUUCUUUUUUUUUCCUCUUUUGUUUUGUUUUGUUUUAUUAACAUGGUUUGCCUUGCCAACUCUUUUGUGCCAGAACUAUGGCACAGACUGGAUGACAAGUGUUGGAUGAAUAUUCAGAAACACUUUGUAAAUGUAAAUGUAAUUUUUUGACACCCGAUCCCCCUGUUUUCUUUUUUUUUGGUUCGUCUGUCAACUGCAUGAAAUGUCCCCUCAAUCCCUGUCCUUAAUGCGCCCUUAGCGUGGUGACGAAUGCAAGAACUACUUUUUACUCUUGUCAUGUAAAAGUGUAUACUUAGUGCUUAAGCUGAAGGCUUUUGGUGGUCUUUUUAAAUGUCUCCUCCAUUGUUUUGGUUAUUUUCUGUGAAUUAAUGUGCCCAUUAGUGUACCCCCCUCCCCUGUUGUAAGGAUAGGAAAUACUGCCUGUAUCUGAAUGAACAGAAUUGUGGGAAGUGUCUUGCAUGAGCACUGUUAUGCUGCGUCUCACUCCCGUGAGUGACCUGACGAUGACUGUGCAACAGACGUGGUCAGGUCUUCGGCUUUUCUUUUUUCUCCUUACCGUAGUUGUAGUGUCUUUUUUAAUCAGAACGAUAUGGCCCCUGAGUAAUAUUUCCAAUUUCAAUAGCCUUUCAAAUGUCAACCUUUUUUUUUUCUCUUAUUUGAGAAGCUGCCCAAGCACUACAGGUUUCACUCUAAAAUAGAGCGAGUACAGAAUACUGUAUAGAGAGUGAAAGAAUGUCAUUAUACAAUGUAAAAUUGAACUAUAUUUCUCCUCUGUCUUUUCCUCCUUUAAUCCCUUUUUCUUUUUUUUUUAUAAAUGCUUUCUUGUGACUACAAAGUCUUCCUCCAUGUACUGAGGGUCAAAGUAGUAGACUUACUUAGAAUCAUCGGCUUUCUAAAUGCAGCACAUAUCACUUAAGUUAUUAAAACCCUUGUCCAUAUUUUACUCCUCACAUUCAGUUUGGUUUAAAGCAAUUGUUUACAUUGUGUUCGUAACAUAGCACAGAUGACUUUAGUGGGCACUUUUCAUUACAGUCAUGUUUUUUUGUUUUUUUUAAACCCCCUUUUCUUUAAUAUUUAACCUGCAUCCCCAGAAAUGCUCAGAACACCUGUUUGACUUUGAAAGUAAUGGAUCUAUAAUGCUGUCUUUGGCAAGAUGCAGAACAAGCCUUGUACAGUUUGAGACCUCGUUUUUAACAUGUAAGAUGCUUUUUGGAUACUUUUUUUUUUUUUUUUUCCUUUCCUCUCAACGUGUGGCAAAAGUCUCUCUAGCUGAGCUGCGUCAAUUGGCCUCGAUGUGUCAUGAGGCAGCUGGCUCAAUACUGUGAAACUGGAGGCGCUGUAGAUAGCAUGUAAGAGGUUUUUAUUGUAAAUUGUUUAUUUCUGUAUAGAUCAAAGGUGAGAGUACAAAUGACAAAAACACCUCUUACACAUUUGUUUGUGUGACGUGUCAUUUCAACCGAGGCUGGAAAAUCGAUUUAAAUUCUUAUGUUGGCUCCGAAGCUGUUGGGAAUCGAGGUGGCGUACAGUACAUUCGUAGCGAGAGAUCAAGGAAUGUGGUUCAGGGGGAAAGAGCCUGUUUAUAAAAAAAAAUAUUCAUUGAAUGUUGUUUUUUUUCUUUUAAAGCCCAAACAAAUUUGUAUAAAUAAGGGAUUGCUCUUUUCUUCAUUGUCAAAGUACAGCUACAGACAAAGUUUCAAAACCACUACUGCGUUAAGAGGUUAUAAAGCCUGAAGUCUUGUCAACCUUUAAUAAUUUUUAAUUAUUCUCUCCUGUAGAGGGUUUCUCUUGUUUAUUUUUUCCCAAAAGCCCAUAAAUAAUACAAUCAUUUCUGUCCAUAUUUAAGCCUGUGAUAAAACUUUCUUUGGCUGCAAACACAAAACUGGUAUUCUGUUUUCUUUUUAAACCCAUUGAGACUCGAGGCGCUCUUUGGUUAAAAAAAAAUGCACGUGUUGCAGCUGGUCUUUAUAAUGGUUAUGUAACAAUUGUUGCCAUGUAAGCAAGUUGCCUGGUUACACUUGUUUGGACUUAUCUGCAUCUACCAAAUUAAUCCAAGUGCAGGUCUUGAGCUCAUUUUGAUCUUUUGUUGUCGGUCAGCGCCUCAGAGACUUGUGACUCUAGUUUAAGUCCCCUACCCUGGUCACCAGAUGGCUGCUCGGUCUCAGUCUCAGCCAAAGUUAAUGCCACAAAAUGAUGUCACAGGAUACUAAAAUUCCUUUUUAAAAAACAACGAAAAAACCAAACACCUAUAAAAUUGAAGGGUGCUGCAUGGUCUUGUAAUUAGUCUCCAUGGGCUCAUAACAAAGGCAAUUAUUGCAUUACUUUGAAAGGUACUAACUACGUUUCAUAGACAACUGUGAGCACCUUGUAUAAUUUACCAUACUCCUGGAUAUUUAAAAACCUUAAUAUAAAUUCAAUUCUGGGGCCUGGUGAUCUUCAUCUAGGGUCAAAAGGUGUUGGGAUCUGUAUUUGCAAACCGCAAAACAAUAACUUUCGGUUUGCACAUUUAACUGGAAUAUGUACAGAAAACUCUAGUAUUGUCAAUCAUAAGAUGCUGAGAAACCCUUUACAGGAAAUAUACCGGGAACUAGUAGCUGGUGGAACAAAACUUAUUUGGAAAAAAACGUCUUUCCCCCCAGUGAUGACUGAGGUGACUUGUGUUGCUUUUGCGGAGGGUGUCAUUUUCUCAGUAAACGCUUUCAGAUGGACUCUUACUGUCGACCAAGUAUGGUUUCAAUGUUUUCUCGUAUGUCAGUAGGGUUCAAGAGUCUCCUCCUGCCUGAGACUUUGAGCUAGUUUUACUGCUGUGUAUGUGACAGGUGUGGUGGCCAAAGUCCUGCUUUAUGAUGCCCUACCUGGCUCCGGAGUUGGGUGUCCCAUCAGACCUUUAGGUCUCCGUGUAAAUGUGCGAUUAGUUGUUAAUGAUACCUGUAAAAACAACAUUUGGCUUUACUGGCGAUGGCUGAAUUCAGACGAUCUGGUUCGGGGUGGGUGACAGGUACUGUCAAAGUGAAUGUGAGGAGGAUUUCCACAAGCAACAGCCAGUGAUUUAAUUAGUGACAACUGAUUUCCUUUUUUUUUUUUUUUUUUUCCUCGUUUACUCUUAUCAGUUGUGUUAUUGACGAGCUACAGUCUUGUACAUAGCUAAAAGCCCGCUUGUAGCUAGAACAAGUACUUUGGCUUUGGUCAAUAAGGAUUACUGUCUUUUUUUUUUUUUUUAAAUAACCCUUUAAAUUUAGGCAGCUCCUGUCAGUAAAUUCGAGCUGCUGCAGGGAUUUGCAAAGGAAAAUUUUCCCAAUUACAUUUAAAUUGGCUUUUAUGUGAAGUAAAGAUGCAAUUUACUGAUCUCCCCCCCACCCCCUCUUUUUUUGGGGGACAAUUUUGGCCUCUGAAUAGCCUCUUUAAGGAUGGCAGAAGCUUCUGAACUGGGGGAAAACCACGGAUGUGUUGUUGUAAAUUGAUGGAGCUUCAGAUAGAAUCACUUCCUUUACCAAAGUUAAUGGCUCAAUUAUGUUGCCAUGUCGGUUAACCGCACCAUCUUCUGGCCACGGCGUUAGUAUUAAAAUAAAAGCACAUUACUGACCAGCUGGAGAUUGUAACGUUCAGAUUCCUUCAUCAGCUGUUGAUUGCAAAAAUACAAAAAAAGAUUUAAUGAAAACAAAUCCCUAAUAUACUUAGAAACUAAAGACCUGUGCUCUUCUGGCUGUCGACCUCAGCCUGGAAGUUCCGUACAGUACAUGCUAUUGUGUUCUCCAAGGAUUUUGUGUCACUGGAAUAUUACUUUUCCUCUCUUUUGUCAUUUGGGACUGUGGAAUAAAACCAGUGCGAGAAGACUGAAGAUUGUAAUAUAAAUGUGCCAACAAAUAAACACCAGUAUUUCA